GUCAUUUCCUGGCCCUCGGCAAAGCCCCGGCGCUUUCAGACAUGUCAGUUUCCGUGUUUUCGGUAGUUUCUCGGUUCUUAGAUGAAUAUGUCAGCUCCACUCCACAGCGGCUCAAGCUGCUGGACGCUUACUUGCUCUACAUCCUGCUGACCGGCGCUUUGCAGUUCUUGUACUGCCUGCUGGUUGGGACCUUCCCUUUCAACUCCUUCUUGUCCGGCUUCAUAUCCUCCGUGGGCUCAUUCAUCCUUGCCGUGUGUUUAAGGAUCCAGAUAAAUCCACAGAACAAAAGCGACUUCCAGGGGAUAUCACCAGAGAGAGCUUUUGCAGACUUUCUCUUUGCCAACACUAUUUUACACUUGGUUGUCGUUAAUUUUAUUGGUUGAUUUCUUUCCCAAUAAAAGCGAAAGUUUCCAGUCGUUCCAUUCUGUUGAGAUAAAGAAGACUCUUUCCAUGUUACUGGACACACACAGAUUUAUUCCUACCCCUUUGUUUCUAUGAUGUCUCACAAAGGGUUGGUCAGGCCAAACAGUAGAACCUGAGCCACUGCAACCAGUCUGUGUUUUGUCAGGAAAAACUGGCAAUAAAGUGUACAUUUCCGA